AAACCAGCGUUAAAGCGAUCGGAUAUGCCUCGAGCUUUCACCUCUGGAAUUGCUCGCUCUUCCCGAUGGCGUCCGCCCUCCUCUCGCUCCGGCCCGCCCUCAGCCCUCCGUUCUCCUCCUAUUCCUUCUCUUCCCACCGCGUCUUCUCUUUCUCCUCCUCCGCCUCGGCCUUUUCGAGCCUUUCAAGGAGGACGAGGAGAGGCCGCCGUCUCCGUCCUCUCGCCAUGGGCGGCGAUCUCUUGGGAGACUUGGGCGCCAGAGACCCUUUCCCGGAGGAGAUCGAGAGCAAUUUCUGUGAGAACGUCGUUGGGAACGUUGACACGGAGCACAAGAUUCUGAUCCCAAACCUCUCCGCUCUCUCUAUUGCCCAAAUGAGCUGCAAGCCCGUCUCUCCCUCCCAGCCUCCCAUGUCGAGGGAGGACGCUGAGAAGCUACUUAAAAAGGUUGUUGGUUGGAGGUUCGUCGAGGAUGAUGGUGGGCCAAAAUUACAGUGCCUGUGGAGAGUACGGGAUUAUGGAUGCGGAGUAGAGCUUAUCAGUAGAAUUUAUAAGGUCGCAGAGGCCGCCGGGCAUUAUCCAAAUCUUCAUUUGGAACAGCCCAAUCAAGUUAGGGCGGAACUAUGGACUUCUUCGAUAGGUGGUUUAAGUAUGAACGACUUUAUUGUGGCUGCUAGAAUAGAUGAGAUCAAAACAUUAGAUCUUCUCCCAAACAAACGAAUAUGGGCAUAACUGUGGAAGCACGUCUCAGCUAUUCAAGAGAUAUUUAAGAUUUUUAAAUGAGUUAAACAGCCUGCUAUUGAAACCAAUUAUGGAAACUCAUGUUGCUUGUGAUUAUUCAGUGUGUUUCUCCCCUUUUUUCUCUUAUGAGGCUUGUGAAUAUUUAAGCUUCAUUUUUAUUUCUUCAAGGCAUUUCCAGUUCAAUUGUCAAUACAAUGAUAUUCAAUGUUAGUGCCUGACCUGGAUGGUCAUCGUUUUUUGCAAUCAAUGAAGGAAUAAAUGUUAUCCAAUUACCAA